GUCUUCUGGGCUUCUCUGGCCCUGGUGGCUUUGUCUCUGGCCGCAUGCAGCGCGCUGUUUACGGCGUGGACUUGGCGACAGACGCGGGACCUGUCUCAGUCCUUCAAGAUCCUGCAGGACCGAAUAGAGCAGAAAUGGGAGUAAAGAUGCGAGGAAUGCAAGGCACUACAAACAUGCAUUAGAUGUCGCAACCAGUCUCUGAGGAAGUGGUCGACCUAUUCUAAAGCGAGCGAGGCAGCAGGGGCAGGAUACUGGAAAAGACGAGCCUGUUUAUGUGGCUGGCUGGCUGGAAGAGGCCGUCUGUGGCUGCGUGGGAUCUGUGCCAGAAAAAAGUCAUAAUAAACUUAUUGGACUUUGUUAAUUGUGAGUUUUUUCUUUCUCUCUUUCAACAGGUCAAUACACAGAGGAAGGCCAUUGUUCAGCUCAUUCUGGAGAAGCGGGAGCUGCUGGUGGGGCAGAGAGUGAAGAGAGACGGGGGAGCGCUGCGAGGGAGGAAUGGAAAUGGAAAGAAAGCGGCGUCUCAUUUCGAGAUAACCAAAGUCUCCUCUCAGCAAGUGGGAGAGGGUGGUGUGAUAAAGGGUUGGGAAGAGAGGAUGUUGAAUAUGAGUAAAGCGGUGAGGUACAACAAGGAACAAGGCACCUUCACUGUGGAGAAAGCGGGCGUCUACUUCCUGUUUUGCCAGGUGUUGUUCAAUGAGCAGCAGUCUCAGUAUGUGAAGCUGGAUGUGGUGACCAGCGGCCAGAGGCCUCAGAAGCUGCAAUGCAUAGAGGGUUACGGGACGACCCCCUCCGCCGGGCCGCACCCUUUCCACUUCCUGAAGCCGUGCCAGGUGUCCGGCCUUCUGCGACUGGACAAGGGCACGGAGCUGCAGGCCAUCACAGGCUCGUCCUUCAGACUCCACACUCUGGGCAAUCCUUCCGCUUCGCCUCACAUCUUCAGCAUCUUUAAAGUCAACUGAAGCGUGGAAUCUUUUUUUACACUGACUCAUCUUUUCUUCGUAUGGAUGAGAUUUGAGCAGUCGGGGGCAUCGCGUCCCGCCACAGCCUCUUCCCAAAGACGUUUCAUUUGAAAGACAAACCUGAUAUUUGUGGAAGUUGUUGUGGAAUGUUUUCUCCUCUGGACAGCUGCGUGCUGUGGUCAAACGCAAAACGCAGACUUUUGGAUUAAAACCAAGACCAGAGGUGGACGAAAUUCCUCGAUGAAUGUCUGCCGAGAGAACAGAUGUGAUGGAAGCUGUUCUGUAGAUAAAGGGCUUUAUAUAUAAAAAAAGAGAAAUACUAGGAUGUUCAUCUUAGCCUGUGUAUCGUUUAAUAAAUUGUGCUUACACUCUUUUUUUAUAAGACUGACAGUUAAAGCUGUGCAUGCACCUUCCACUUUUAUAUCACCGUUGCCUCAAGAAGCUGAGAGCACGUCUGCAAGCGUCAAUGAUAUUUUAUACAUGUGCGAAAUCUGAUGAAUCAAAACAAUUAUACUGAUUUUAUACUGAUCUUUACAAUGCAAUGUGUGUCUGAGUGCCAACUUACUUAAGUCUUUUCUUGAAAUACGUUGUAUAUACUUCACUAUAUACUUUAUUGUAAUGAACGUGGAUGUGAAUUUGUGCUCUUUUCUAAGGUCAAAUUGGAUUGUAAGGUAUUUGUGUGUAUAGUAUCGGCUUGACUUGCAAGUGUUAGUAAGCAAAGCGUGCAGGUUUCAAUAUAGCUGCGUGUCUCUUUUCUUCAGAUUACUGUUGAUAUACAUUAAAUUGUAUUGGCUCUCA